AGCUACCGCAACAGCAAAAUCUAUCGGACUGUGGGCUUUUUUUACUACAGUAUGUGGAGAGUUUUUUAGAGGAAGAUCCUGCUGGUAUCAACCCAUACAGCAUAAAGAACUAUCACAACGAAUUUGUCUGACCUCCCUUUCAAUAUUUGCUUUAUCUUGAACUGGAGUUGGAACUGGAGAGCUGCUAGAUCUUGUUUGUUUAAGGAUAAAGAAAAUUGAGGUGAUAUUGUCUGCUAAUUUUGUUUUUUCGAUGGAUAAAUCUUGGAUUAGAAUGCCAAGGACCACAAAGGAAUAUCUGGUUGGUUUGAAUCAGUUUUUGGAAUUUGCUUUUAAAAAUGGAGCUAUAGAAGAUAGAAUAAAAUGCCCGUGUCCUCAAUGUUGUUUUGGAAAAUGGCAGACUAGAGAGGUAGUAUUUGAUCAUUUGAUUUGCAAGCCAUUUCCUCAAAAUUAUGUCAUUUGGGUUAUGCAUGGGGAAACAAGUGUGUUACAAAAUUCUAAAAGCAGAGAGUUUACUCAGGAUACACUGCCUCCAAAAAAUCCUGUAGAAUUAUUGAUUAACGAAGCAUUUCAUGGCUUUAGGCAAGAGAGAUUUGAUGUAGGUCCAUCGCAAAUAGUGGCAGAAGAAGAGAUAUUAAAGGAUAUACCCACAUCAUAUGACAAAGACUUUUUUGAGUUGCUCAAAGAUGGAAGGGAAGAAUUGUAUGAAGGGUCUAAGUACUCAAAAUUAGAGUUUUUGUUAAAGUUAUAUCACAUAAAGUGUUUGUCUAGUCUAAGUGACAAAGGAAUGACUAUGAUAUUGGAUCUACUCAGGGAUGCCUUUGAAUUUGCAAAGAUCCCUGAUUCUUUUUAUGAGGCUAAGAAAACUAUCAACAAGUUAUGUCUUGAUUAUGUUAAGAUUGAUGCUUGUCCAAAUGAUUGCAUGUUGUAUUGGGGAGAUGAUGUUAAUGAGGAAACAUGCAAGCAUUGUCAUACUUCGAGAUGGAAGCUUGAUGAGAAGAAUACAAACAUUAAAGUGGUUGCUAGGGGUAAGAAGAAAAAAAAGAGACCUGCAAAAAUUUUGCGUUACUUCCCAUUAAAGCCAAGAUUACAAAGACUGUUCAUGUGCUCUAAGAUAGCAGAACAUAUGAGGUGGCAUACGGAAGGUGGUAACAAAGAUGGAAUUUUAAGGCAUCCUAGAGAUGGUGAGGCAUGGAAGAGAUUUGAUACAACUUAUCCUGAAUUUGCUUUUGAAUCUCGAAAUGUUCGAUUAGGGUUAGCUAGUGAUGGUUUCAAUCCCUUUGGAGCGAUGAGUACUAAUAAUAGCAUUUGGCCUGUAAUUUUGGUUCCAUAUAACCUACCACCUUGGUUGUGCAUGAAACAACCAAAUUCUAUUCUAUCAAUGAUCAUUCCAGGUCCACGAAUGGUGGGAAAUAACAUAGAUGUAUACUUACAACCACUUAUUAAGGAGUUGAAUGAGUUGUGGAGUGAAGGUGUACAAACUUUUGAUUCAUCAAAGAAUGAAAUGUUUAGAAUGCGGGCAGCUCUUAUGUGGACAAUUAGUGAUCUUCCGGGACUCGGUAUCUUAUCUGGUUGGAACACAUAUACCGGUUUUGCAUGUCCAUCUUGUAAUUUUGACAUGAAACCUUGUCGACUUACUCAUAGUAGAAAGUGGUGCUUUGUUGGUCAUCGUCGAUUUUUGGCAAGAAAUCAUAAGUUCAGAUUAAUGAGGAAUCAUUUUGAUGGAAUUGUAGAAAAAAGAAACCCCCCCAAAAAGUUAUCUGGAUCUGAUAUUUUGCAACAAGUGACAAAUAUUAAUGUUACAUUUGGAAGACAAGAAAAGUUGAAUGAUAAAAUAAAAAGAAAAAGAAAAAAAAAUAGACAAAGCAGUGUGGGUGAAGGUUCAACUAAACAGUGGAAGAAAAAAAGCAUAUUCUUCAAUCUUCCUUAUUGGGAAUCCAACUUGUUGCGCCAUAAUUUAGAUGUUAUGCAUAUUGAAAAAAAUGUUUUUGACAAUAUUAUUCACACUCUGUUAAAUGAUAGAGAAAAGUCAAAGGAUCACAUUGAAGCUCGAAAAGAUCUACAAGAUAUGGGUAUAAGGGAAGACCUUUGGGCAGAUGAGAAUGGUGAUUUUCGGCUUGGUGCAUUUACAAUUCCAAAGGAUAAGAAAGUGACCUUCCUUACAACUUUAAAGAAUAUCUUAAUGCCCGAUGGUUAUUCGAGUAAUAUAUCUCGUUGUAUACAUCUAGAAUCAAAGAGGAUCUUUGGAUUAAAAAGUCAUGAUUGUCACAUCAUUAUGGAACAAUUACUGCCGAUAGCAAUUCGCAAUGUGCUUCCAAAUCAAGUUGUAGCAAUUUUGGUAGAGUUCUGUUCUUUUUUUAGACACAUUUGUCUGAAAAACUUGAGCCUCAUGGACCUUGAAAAACUACAAAAACGGAUUGUUAUCACUCUUUGCCACCUAGAGAUGUUGUUCCUUCCAUCCUUUUUUACUGUAAUGGUUCAUUUAACUGUCCAUUUAGUGGACGAAGUAAUACAAGGUGGUCCAGUACAUUAUCGAUGGAUGUAUUUUGUUGAAAGAUUGUUAGGUCAUUUCAAGUCACUUAUAGGGAACAAAUCACAGGCAGAAGGAUGUAUAGCUGAAGGUCAAAAAAUUGAAGAAGCUCUAACUCUUUAUUCUCGUUAUUUUGAGGAUAUCGAAUCGAGGGUAAAUAGGCCUAAACGAGUAAAUGAUGAAACAAAUCAUGAUGAGGUUCCUGAAAGGUCAUCUAUGUUCCCUCGACAAGGUAAAGUUGUCGGAGGCUUCAUAACAUUUGCUUUGACUCAUUUGGAGAAAACUCAAGCUCAUCGAUAUGUAUUACUUAAUUGCGCUUCAGCAAAGCCAUUUAUUGAGCAACACAUUAAAAGGAGUUCAAGAGGCAGAAAACCUUCGAUAACAGAGGUAGAAAAGAGAAUUAAUAGAGAGUUUACUGAUUGGUUUCCUAAGCGGAUAAUGAAUCCAGAUAUAGAAGACACAAUCUCUGAUGAUAUAAAGUUUUUAGCACAAGGUCCAGCGCCAUAUGCAAGAAGAUUCACUGCUUAUAACAUUAAUGGGUUCAAAUUUCGAACUUUGUCAAGAGAACAAGGAUUGAAAACUCAAAAUAGUGGAGUUUUUCUUAUGUCUAACACUUCUUGCGUUGCAUCUAGUGCUGAUAGAAAUGCAAGACAAGCAGAUUUACCAUAUUAUGGGAAGUUGGAAGAUAUUAUUGAGCUUAACUAUUAUGGAAAGUUCAGGGUUGUGCUUUUCAAAUGCAAGUGGGCGGACACUACUCGAGAUAGAGGGUUUAAAAGAGAUGAUUGGAACUUUAAUUGUGUCAAUUUUUCUAAAUUGAUUCACACCGUUGAUCGUGAGGAUGAUGAUCCUUAUAUUGAAGCAUCACAAGCAAAUAUGGUUUUCUAUGUUGAUGAUGAAACAGAUAAAGAAUGGAGUGUAGCUAUACAUUUACAACCAAGAGAUGUGUUUGACAUGGGACUAGUUGAUGAAGAAGAGAUAUUUGAGAAUGAGCCCUACCAACAACAAGAAUUUGAAAAUUUUUUCGAUGUUGAUUAUGGAAAUGUCCAAAUCUCAACAGAGGAGCAUAUGUCUGAACACAUAUAG